GAGAGCUGUGAUUGGUCACAGCUUGUCACAUGGUGCAAGGCUGUUGUGAAUAGCCUUGUACCAUGUGACCUCUGUGAUCAUUCACAGAUUUCACACGUAGUAAGCAAUGAUGUCAGCAAGUGACAUCUUGCUUACGAUUCAUGUGAUCACUGAUUGACCAAUCACAUGAUCACAUAGAGGUCCCGUACAGUGAUUAGUGUUCCUCUGUGUCCCAGGGAGCGCGCACAGGCAGUG